AACACCUGUGAAAUACACCUAAGGAAGACGUAAAGGGUUUUGUUUUGGGAGAGCUCCGUGGCAAAACAGCUAUUUGGUAAAAAUCCCAGCGUGGUUUUUUUUUAUCGAAAACUUGAUUUUUUUUGUCAAAGACUCAAGAAAAGUGAGAUUUUUUUGAGGGUUUUGGGCUGCAGUUUGGCGUAUUUGCAAAGAAAGUUUAUUUGAAGACAUUAACGGAUUCUACGUAAAAGAACAGGAUGCGUUACCCCUGCCGGCUUACCGCUUACCUCUUACUAUUGGUAACUUGCUGCGCAGCUGAAGAAGAGCAUCGGAAACGUGCUCCCGCUGGUUUCACCGGAGUGAGAGGAAAAAAGUCUAUUUCUGAUGAGACGUAUAAUGUUUCUUUGGAGGAAAACUCCUUACAGCAGGAGGUUUCGCCCCAAGAACCCGUCGUCAAUCUGCCCAUAAAUUACGUGAUGGAAAAACGUGCUCCCUCGGGCUUUUUCGGGAUGAGAGGCAAAAAACCGUGGAACUACCCGUGGAUCAACUAUCCCGAAGAAAUGUUCAAGAGGGCCCCGAUGGGUUUCGUCGGCAUGAGAGGCAAAAAGGACAAUUCAAUGGACGACAACGAAAUUGAAUUUAAUGACCCAUCGAAACGAGCGCAAAUGGGAUUUUUCGGUAUGAGAGGCAAGAAGUUUAUGAUCGAACCCUUAUUGCCUGAAAAACGGGCACCGAUGGGCUUUUUUGGAAUGAGAGGUAAAAAAGACUUUGAGAAUUCCCUGGGCUACUUCGAGGAUAAAAGGGCGCCCUCGUCCGGAUUUGUGGGGAUGCGUGGCAAGAAGCAACCGCAGGGCUUUUUCGGAAUGAGAGGCAAGAAAUACCCUUAUGAAUUCCGUGGAAAAUUCGUUGGAGUCAGGGGUAAAAAAUCAUCAGACAUCUUGGUCUCGCCCGAAUUCUACGACUCGAACAACUUAGAACAACUCAGUGACAACUUAGACAUAAAUCAGCUGAUGCUGUUGCUGACUGAACAAAAUGGCGGCGGCGAUAGCAGUAGCCAAUAAGACUUACCAUAGCUAUAGGUUAUAUUUAUAUAUAUAUAUAGUUUUAUUCUUUUUUUUUCAUUAACUUUAAAUUAUUUAAAGACGAGCUGUUUUUCGUGCGUUUAAGCGGGCUGUAAAACUGUUCGGGUUGUGAUAAAAGAGAAGCGGCGGAAGCACUUGUUUAUGUCUUUUCAGUUUUCUUGCUUUUUGACUUAUCUUUCGGUCCAAACAAUAUUUCUAAAAGGCUGGAAGUAUUGGGGCUUUACAAGCUUCGAUAUUUUAGAAAUAUUUGUUUAUAUACAGCAGCGUUAUAUGCAGGGUGGUCAAGCUCUAACACCUUGUAUAUAAGGGAAUUAAGCAAUGUUACCACAUAUCUCCUUUUUAAACUGUCAAUUUACAAAUAUAUAGGGUAUGUGUCUUAAUUUAAUAUUAGUUGUAGAUUUUUUUUGUUUCGUUCUUCAAAAAAAUAUUGCAACUGUAUUAAAUUACAGUAAAAAAAACGUAAUUUAGGUGCAUUGAGAAUAGACUAUAUUAGGUAGUUUAUUAUUGUAAGAUUUGAGUAACUAUAUUCUGUUAAAACAUAUUAUAUAUCAUCGUGGAAAAUAAAAUAUUAUAUUAGUGUUUGAAAGAGCA